GAGAGAGAGGCAUUUCUGAAACAUUAGUGCAUUUAUACUCAACAUUGGUAUGUGUGUCGUCCAGUGUGUGGAAUAAGCUGAUCUGUUUUUUUAAUUUUUGAUUUUUUCUGACCGUGAUUAUAUUCAUCCGAAUGGAUUUUGAUUAUCCAUCCGAUAAAUAUCGUAUCCGAAUCAUUGAGAUAUUAUUAUCAUAGGUUAAUCAUCAUCAUCAUCAUCAUCACCAUCAACAACAUACUAUUUUACGUCUUCUUUUUUUUCGUUUUGACGCAUCACUUUUUUUCAGUGUUUAUAUGCUUGAUGAAUGCCAAGAUCAUCAUAAUAACAUAACCAACGUUAUUGUUUAUAUGCAUAAUGAUGACAAUGAAUGUAUAGGAGAAUCAUCAUCAUCAAAAAACAAAAGCAGCUACAGCAACAGCAGUAGUAAAUAACCGUUUUAUUUUAAAAGAGUUGCAACAUCUUUAAAAAAGAAAAAUCUUUACAUUUUGUGGCUUUGAUGGACUAUGACUACACAUUAUAUGAUGAUGAUGUGAUCAACGAACCAAAACCAAGUACACUUUUUCAACUAAAAUCUAUUAAUUUUUUAUUCAUAAACCAAACAGACGAGAUUGAGAUAUUGAUAUUUACAAAUGGUGCUACCUAUUACAUUGGCCGUGAUGCCGAAAAAAAAGGAUCAUCAUCAUCAUUCAUCAAAUUAUUCCAAUAUUGGUGUUGCUGGUAAAUAUACGAAAAAAGAAUCACCACCCAAUUUGCCAAUAAUAAAUAUUUGGACAUCAUCAAGUUUAUCGACAACUACAAAUUCAAAACUCUCUACCGUUAAUAAUAGGCAACUCAACAAUGUUUAUUCAUCAGCUAUUACGGCAGGUGUUAGCCAUCAACAGAAUUCAUCUAUAUCGAAUUUAUUGGCUUCAUCAUUUAGUACAUCGAUCACUAAUCUUGCAUUCAUUGGUCAACAACAAUCAUCUCCUAAUGUCAAUAAUAAUAAUGCCAAACAACAACAAAGUCCGCAGAUUCAACAACAACAUCAUUUCCAUGCCAAUUCUACUUCGAAUCUUUUCAAUCAACAUCAAAAUCCUACAAAUUCAGGAUCAACGAUCCCAAACCUAUCAACAAAGGCAAAUCAUUUAACAUCGACAACGGCCGAUCAUUGCAAUAAUUCUCGUAUGACAAGAGCAUCAUCACAAAUGACAAUAAAUAAUAAUGGUUGUUAUCAAGUGCCAACAACUGGGCCAAUUUUUGCAUCAACAUCAUCAAAGACAACGAAUUCAAUGAUGGCCACAAGUGGCACAAACAAUAGUCAAUUAAAAUCGACUCCAUCAUCAAGCAAUUCAUCAUUGCAAUCAAUACAUAAUAAUUAUAAUGGCCAAUUGAUCGAUUCAUCACCAUCAUCAUCAUCUAUGACAAUAAUGACAACGUCAUCUUUGACGACAAAUAAUAAUAGUGCAAUGUAUCAAUCAAUUAGUGGCUGCCGGCAGCAAUCUUUCCAAAGACAUGGACAACAACCACAACAACAAAAUGCAGUCGCCUCACAGAUUGCUUUGCGGGCUACAUCAUCCACCGCUUUAGGCGGAAUAAACGAUCCAAACAUAAUUGUAACACAGACAACGAUUCCUACGACGACAACAGCAUCAAAUUAUCUUCAAUUAAAUCACCAGCAUAGUAAAAUGUGGAUCUCACAACCUACAUUACGUGCCUCAAGUCCAUCUCAAUCAUCAUCACAGAUUCGUUCAAUGAUGAAUUUGAAUCAAAUGGUUUCCGGAUCUGUUGCAAGUAAUAAUAAUCAACCGGUUGGUUCCUCUUUUACAUCAAAUAAUUGUCAAAACAAUCCUACUCAUUCAAACUGCUAUUCGAAUCAUCAACAACAACAAUUAUCUAAUUAUGUUCAACAACAACAAGCAAGUCAUCAGAUAAUGUUAAUGAAUUCAUUAGUACAUGAUUUUCAUAAACAACAACAACAACAACAUAAUGCCUCAUCAAAUUCAUCGAUCAAUCAGGCAAUCGAUUCAUUUCCUUCCAACUAUUAUUCACCAUCAUCAUCAUUAUCGUCGAUACAUGAAAAUUCAUCCACAUCAAUAACUAAUCUUAAUAGUAGUCAACAACAAUUCAGUCAAUUACAGUCAUCAUCAUCUCAAUCAUCUAUGAAUAAUUAUUCACCUAAAACAUCUAAUAAACAAGAAUCAAAUUGGACUCAACAACAAAAUCGAAUGCCUAUAUCACAACAACAACAACAAGCUCAACAUUUAUAUCAGAAUACAUCAUCAUGUUCAUCGAUCAAUAAUUUAGCCAAUAUAAUGAAAUCAUCGUCAUCAUCAACAGGUAUAAAUCAUAAUAAUGGCAGUAAUACAACAUUGGAUUCUUUCGCUGAAAAUAUGCAAAUACAAAUGUAUCAUAAACAGAUUCAGGAACAAUAUUCUAAACAACAAACACAAGAAUUGUUGGCCCGUGUACUUUCUGCUGCUGCUACAACUGCACCAAAUACUUAUAGCCAACAACAAGAACAACAAAUACAGCCACAGCCAAAUGUCGGCUGUUCGACGUCAUCAUCACAAUCAUCAUUAUCUUCUCUACAAUCUGGACCAUUCAAAUCAUCAUCUAAUCAAGCAUUAUCGAUAGGAGUUGGUGGAUCGAAUUCUAAAUCUAAUUCUAAUCAAAAUCUAACUUCAUGUGUAUCAAAUUCAAAUUUAUCAAUGAACACUACUACGACCCAGCAAAUGGAAAAUGCAUCAUCACCAGCAACAACAACAGCUAUUGCUGGAUCAUCAUGUGCAAUUGCUGUCAAUAAUAAUAACAACAAUGGCCAAGAAGAAUCAUUGCCUUUACCGCCUGGAUGGUCAAUCGAUUUUACAUUACGAGGAAGAAAAUAUUAUAUCGAUCAUAAUACUAAAACUACUCAUUGGAGCCAUCCAUUAGAAUCUGAAGGUCUACCAACAGGUUGGGAACGUGUUACAUCUUCAGAAUAUGGAGUCUAUUAUGUUAAUCACAUUACACGACAAACACAAUUUGAACAUCCAUUGGCUGCUCGUUAUGGUCAAAAAUUAAUGCCAACAACAAACACAACAACAACUAAUACAAGCGUUGGGCCAUCUUGUUGGUCAAAUCCUCAACCUUCACAAUCACAACAAUUGACCAAUCCACAACAGCAGCACUCACAACAACAUAUUUAUGUGAAUGCUGCUAACAUUCAACAGUUGCUUAAUUUAAGCAAAGAAAUGGCUGCAUCGUUACCUAAAGAAGAAAAUCAUACUAUCUCCGAUAAUCACGUUUAUUCAAAUGUACAUUUACUGUCUCAACAAUUGUUGCAGAAGCAUCAUCAACAACAACAAAAACUACAAUUAACACCGCUAUUAGAAAACGAUGGUGGAAGCUCUGCAUCAUUCUUGGCUAAUGAUUCUGGACAAUAUGCCAAUACUGGAAAUUUGAAUAGACUUUCAUCAUCAGAAUUGAAUAAUAGUAGUGGUGAUAAAUCAUUUGAUAAUCAAAAAAUGAAUCCAUCAUCAUUACCUCAGCAUAGAUUACUAAGCAAUGCUCUAUUGAGAUCUACCCAAUUAUUGAAUAAUUGUUCAAAUGAACAAAUGGAUAAAAUUGAUCAUAAUGUGGAUGGCAUUACUAAUCUUUCAAAAUCUAUAGAGCCUAUUUGUUUACCAUCACCAUUACGACAGCAUCAUCAACCAUCAACAGCAUUGCCAUUACCACCACGUCCAUCACGUAUUAAUGAUUGUAUUGUUCCCGCCAAUCCUUACCUGACCGAAGAGAUUCCUCAUUGGCUCUACAUCUAUUCAAAAGCUCCACCUGAACAUGACCAUAAACUUAAGUGGGAACUAUUUCGUUUACCUGAAUUGGAUUGUUUUCAAGCCAUGUUGAAUCGCCUUUAUCGAACCGAUAUGGAAAGAUUAGUCAUUUCAUAUGAAAUUAUACGUAAUGCAUUGCUAAGAGAGAUUGAACGUCGUACCACCGAAAAUAAACAUAAAUUCACAGCAAUCAAUAUAAAUGAUAAAAAUGACAAUAUUCCAUCAACGAAUAAGGAUAAAAAUAAUUCAGCAUUAUUAUCACAACUAAUACAACCAAAUGAUGACAUUGAGGCGAGUGAAUCGUCACCGGAACCUCCACCCGAAUUUCGUAAUGAAAAUCAUCUGACACCUUCAACAACCAAUAGCAUCAUUUGUUCACCUUCAUUGAAUUCGAUUACAAUCAUAUCAUCACCUUCAUUGUCACAAUCGGAUAAUUCGACACUUACCACAACCAUAUCUCCAUCAUCGAUACCAUCAUUCGUAUCGAUUUCGCAUCUUUUCACUGCGGAAGAAGAAACAAAAGUUUAAAAAGUUUAAAAGAUGAUCGACCCUUCCCUGUUGAAGCAUAAUCGAAAAAAUGUUCAAUUCUAAGUCAGAUUCUUCGAUUUUUUUAGUUAUUCUUGACUCUUUUCUUGUUUUUCAAUUUUAUUAUUAUUAUUUUGGCUUGCUGUUUUUCCAUCACAUCACGGUCAACGAUUCAUUCGAGUUAGAAUAUGCAUGUACAAAUCAAUACACCAUUGUUCAUAUAUUGGUUCAUUUUAUGUUGUGUUCAUUUGGCAGAAUAAAUUUUUUUGUCUAAUCAAUCAAAAAUAAGAACAUUAAUCUAAAAAACAG